AUGCAGCCCCUCACCACGUGCCGAGCGCCGGCGCGGGCCUUCCCCUCCCCGCGCGGCCGCCGCCUCCUGUGGGCGGAGAAGCCCGGGCCGCGCGGCCUCGCCCGCCCCCUCCCUCCCGUCGGAAUUCGCAGCCUCCGCCGCUCCUUCCAUCCCCCCCAACACGGCCACCAGCGGCCUCCGGCCGGGCAGGAGGGACAAGCUGGGGGGCGUCGGGCACCAACCUUGGGCCCGAUCCGCCGCAUUUCGGCCGCCUCCCAUCCCCUCGCGGCGUCGGCGUCGUCGCCGCCGCCGACUCCUCACAACACCCAGACGCCGCCGCGGCCUCCCUCCCCUCCGCGCGGAGGAGCCGGCCCCGAUCCGUUACCGGCGGCUAGUAUGGAGAGCCAGGCGGCCGGAGCUGCGCAGGCAGUGACUCAGGGCGGCAGCGGCGGCGGGAGGAGCAGGAGGCGGCGCCGCGAGCAGAUGGCGCUAAAAAAGACCCGAGAGCCCGCCGCUCGCGCUCAUAUACAAUUAGCGUCAGCACGUAGGGCCGGCUCCACCGCCCUCCCCCUGGCCUCGUCGUCUCCUAGCAACGCCAGCUAGAGGCGGGCCCAGGCCGGGUUGCCUGGUAACGGAACCGCCCUUCUUCCUCAGCGACCUAGACACUCUAGCUCCGAGCUCUUCCUGCU